AUGGACUUUUCCCUAAGAUGCAAUUCUCUGAAGUGUCGGGCAGAAUUGAAAGAGAAAGCAGUGGUGACAACCUGCUCACACAUCUUCUGUCAUGCAUGCGCAGAAAGCCUGGGGCUCUCUCGUCCAACCACCAGCAAUCGGCACUGUCCUGCGUGUCAGACCGUACUUCUCAAUCCUGAUGACGCUGUCUCGACCAUCUUGAAUCCGACAGAGGACUACAAAACAAGCGUGUUGAGUGGGUUAGAUCCGAACACAAUCAUGGAAUGUGCUGGUCGCGCACUUGCAUUUUGGGCAUAUCAAAGCACACAGGAGAUAUUCUACCAGGAGUACCGAGCGAAGACGCUUACGGAGAAAUACGCCAACCUGAACACGCAGAUGGAUAAGGUCAUCCACAAUGCCAAUACAGAGAUCUUGUCACUGCAAAACAAGCUGUCCGACAUGCAAUCAACUCAAGAAGACCUUCAAAAGAAAAAUCAGGAAUUGAAUGAUAUGUACCGCGAUAAGAACAACAAACUCGCUCAAAUGACCAAUCUCUACAACCUCCUCAAAGCUCGUGCCAUGCGGUCCCGGAUGCAGACCGCAGCCUCAGACACAGUCUCCCAAGCUCUCUCAUCGCUCAAUGCCCCUCCUCCUGUUUCCGUUGCUCGAUCUGAUGUCUCAACGCUACCUUCUACCUCCAUUACACGGCAUCCCAAGACACCCACUUUUCCCGUCAACCCAGAUGGAGUUGAGCAGCUUCAUCGGUACCAACGAAGCGGCACUGGUAGUUCCAAGAUGGCAAAGACAAAGACAUCUCGCGAAGCCCCAAUGCCGCCCCCUGCUCGGCCAAACUGGGAUGGGCAAAAUAGCAGAGGUCCAGAUUCCACUCUACAACAUCGUACUCGACUCCCACGUAUUUCUCGGACUUCGACUGUCUCCUCUGAGUUUCCUCCUGGUGAUGCUAUUAUACAGCGGUUUGGAAGUUAA